AUUAUAAUCUAAUAUGUUUCAUGUGUCAUAUCCAGAAAUAAUUUUUUUAUUAUAAUUUGUUCUUUAAUUUUUUAACAGCGAUAUUAGAUUUUUUUCCUUAUAUAUUUGCAUAACAAAUUUCAACUAAUUUUUAUAUCUUUGUUUCCUUAACGCUCCAACCAAAAAAAAACCUGCCUUCAAAAAUACACAUAAGCAAAGUUGAUAAAAUUACUUGCUUUUUCUAAUUCAAAAGAAAAAUAAAAAAUUUAGACACAAGCAAAUUGUUUACAAAAAUUUGUGACACCUCUGCAUAUAGCUUCAUUUAUGACAAUUUUCUAAAUUGCGUUUAACAGGUCGGCAGAGUAACAGAGAAAGACAAUGUUGAACUCCUUAUUUGAUUAAAUAAUUAGUGACAAUCUUAGUAUCAAUUCUUACCUAUCUCCACGUAACGUCAAAGUCUUAUCCUAUUUAUCAUCUCUUCCAUCGAAUCAUAGUCCAACUCAUUAGAUUUAAUCCAAUCCUUCUGUUAUUGUUUCAACUAAUUUCUGUUUGACAUGUAUAAAAAGCUCUUUGACCUCCAGUAUUUUUAACAAGUAACAUAUUUCAGAUUCCUUUUUCACACAUAAAAAACUCUACUCAAAAACCUUUUUGUACAAACCUAUAUUUUAAUUUAAAACUUAACCAAAAAUGACUUCUCACGGUGAAGGAAUCGAAGAGGAGCAAAUAUCAAGAAUUGAAAAAGGAAUAGAAAAAGAUUGCCAUGGCGGAAUCGAGACAAUCAUAUGUACUUCCCCCAGCAUUGUUUGCCUUACUCAAAAGUUGAUAGCAGAGUUGAUUGGGACGUAUUUCAUAAUAUUUUCUGGAUGUGGAGUGGUGGUGGUGAAUGUGUUGUACGGUGGAAAAGUGACAUUUCCAGGGAUAUGUGUGACUUGGGGUCUGAUUGUUAUGGUCAUGAUUUACUCUGUUGGUCACAUUUCUGGCGCACAUUUUAACCCUGCCGUCACUAUCUGUUUUGCCAUUUUCCGGCGGUUUCCUUGGUAUCAGGUACCAUCGUAUAUAGGUGCACAACUUGCGGGGUCCUUACUAGCUAGUUUGACAUUGAGGCUAAUGUUCAAAGUCACACCCGAGGCUUUCUUCGGAACAACUCCAGCUGAUUCUGCGGCACGAGCGCUCGUCUCAGAGAUCAUUAUCUCAUUCCUCCUCAUGUUCGUUAUAUCUGGUGUUGCCACAGAUAGUCGUGCGAUCGGAGAAUUAGCUGGAAUUGCGGUAGGGAUGACAAUAAUAUUGAACGUCUUUGUAGCCGGACCGAUAUCUGGAGCAUCAAUGAAUCCAGCAAGAAGUCUAGGACCAGCAAUUGUGAUGGGAGUGUAUAAAGGAAUUUGGGUUUACAUUGUUGGUCCUAUCAUCGGAAUUGUGGCCGGAGGUUUUGUUUACAACUUCAUCAGAUUUACGGAUAAACCAAUAGGGGAACUCACUAAAAGUUCUUCUUUCCUUCGUAAAGCUUCUUCCAACAACAAUGCUUCUAGUUCUAACAGCUAAUAUUUUGUUCUCUUUCUUGUAUUUGACUGUGUUAGUCUCUUCUAGACGUCUCUUUUGUUGUGUUAAGAUAAUUUGGUUUCUUUUGACUUGGUGUUUCUUUAAGAUGAUUAAGAAUUGUCCAUUUUGAUUUAUAAAAUAAUCAGAUAUUUUGGGUAUAGUU